GGGUCUUAAGGGUCCGCGAGUAGGGUAUGGGUAGGGUACGGGUCUGAAAAAUUAAGACCCUUACCCUACCCUAAAAAAAACAGCAUAUGCCCAUACCCUACCCUUACCCUAUAGGGUCUAAAAAAUAAAGACCCAUACCCUAAUUUUAGGGUAGGGUCCGACAGGGUCCGGGUAGGGUCCUGGACCCGCUGCCAUCCCUAGUUGUUACACUUUUAUUUUGGAAAAUCCCAAUUAUUUGGAUACAUCCCUAUUUUCACUACCAAAAAGUUAGGGUCCCACAACAUAUCUUCUAAAACCUCGUGCCCUGUUACAAAUAAUCUAAGACAGAGAGAGAAUCAAAUUUGGAACAAGAAUUAAGUGUUUUGUGCAUUAUUCAAGCCAGUAGGAAAGUCGCGACUAAAGUUCUCUGUUUUGUAAAUCAUGAAUGUUGCGCUUUAGCAUGUUGGCAAUUGGCUAUUAGUUAUCGGCUGGUGCGUGACUAGUUCACUUGACUGGUUUGAACUGCGAUUUGUAUUAAUUGUUUAAGUUUUUUUUUUUGUUUUUUUAUAAAGAUAUGUUUGGCAAAACUAUUAAUGAAUGUUAUUAACUACUUCAAAAGUUAUGAGCUACGCCCACAAGCCUCAAGCUAAAGUCAAAAGCCAAAAGUUGCUUUUUCAUUUUGGCUUGUAACUCAACUCUUUAGUUUGUUGGAAAAACCGUUUAUAUAUAUGGAGAUCAAUAAGUCGAGCCGAGUAAAGUAUAUUUAAAUGCUCAAGCUAGACUUGAUAUGGAAUUUUCAAGCUCGGGCGCAACUGAGCUUCUAUUUUCCUUAUUUAAACUUGGCUCGUUUAAGAUUUUCAUUGUCCAAGUUUGUAUCACAGCUCACAGGUAGCUGUUUAAGUCUGAGACAAUAUUAAAGUUCCUUUAUAUAUAUGUCUCACUAAAUAACUUGAAUAUCUGAAAAAGGUGCCCAACCUUGGAGACAUCUUGAGUGAGGUUUAGAUUAUUUUUGAUCAACUAGAAACCAUGACUUGUAUGAGGUUUCUUAACCUAUUUGGGAAGCUCAGGUAGUCAUAGUUCGAUCCAAAUUAUUCAAAGAAACAAACCUAAAUCAUAAUCAAAUAGUCAAAUAUCCGACCCAAAACCCGACUCAAUAUACCUUUUCUUCCUACAAGUAUCCUAAACCCAUCCACAACUUAACAUCCUCAGUUUCAACAUUUAAUUCACAAACAACAUUUUAUUUCUUAGAAUUUUAGUUUUAGUUUUGUGCAUGAGAUAUAAAUGACCCGAUACAACGAAUAAUUAAAAAUUCCUAAAUCCACCACUGUCUGCGAAUUGUCACCCGACACCCACACAAGUACACAACCCUAAUAGAGUAAUAAGCUAAUAGGUGCAUUGUCAUCGACUCAUACGAUGAUUGAUUGAAGCAUAAAAAAAAAACAGGGGUUGGCCUUUGAGGAAAGGAUUUUGAGGAAUGAGGAUUCUAGACUAACAGAGUGACUGAGUGAAGAAAUGUACACGUGAGGGGUAAUGACGUGUCAAAAAUUGAAGAGAUUAUAGUGUCCGUUCUUGCCUACAGACAUUGCCACGCAUCUAACGCACAUCUCACCAGAUUUUUCAGAGGUUGUUAUAACCCUUUGCUGACGUAUUUGCCCCUACACUUUUUCUAUAUAUACUCUUUUGCCUUUCUCUCAUUUUCCUGCUGGCUUUUGCAUCUUCUUCAAGGGACGUCUUUGCUUAUUACUUCUCACUUAUUUUUAUUCUCUAAAUUUAAACAAACAAUUUGAACAAGGAAAUGGACUCUCAACUUUCUGAAAGGGCAUAUAUGAAUGCACGAAGGCGACGAAACGGGUACAACUCUGUAGCAGAGAUUCUAGCAAAAUGGAAAAUCCAAAAUCAACAAUAUGGUUCAACUAUUGAAGAACGGAAGAAGAACACCCAAAAGGGUCCAGCAAGAGGAUCAAGAAAAGGGUGUAUGCCGGGAAAAGGCGGUCCUGAAAACUUAGGUUGCACAUUCAGAGGAGUUAGACAAAGAACUUGGGGUAAAUGGGUUGCUGAGAUUCGCGAACCUAUCAGCAGUUCAGCUACAGGUUAUGGUAAUACUACACAAAGCAAACGAAGCAGAAGGCUAUGGCUUGGUACUUUCUCUACCGCCAUAGAAGCUGCCUUAGCUUACGAUGAAGCAGCCAAGGUUAUGUAUGGCCCAUCAGCAAUCCUAAACUUCCCUAGUCAACAGAAUGUAGAACAUGAAGAUCAAGCUUUAUGUGGUUCAAACAUGCAAUCUACUACAGCUUCUGAAUCUACUGAAGGGUCUGAGAAUUACAAGGGAUUCAACGAAGAACUGAAGUCGCCGUGCGCAUCCCAAGUGGUGGAUGUUGGUGGUUCUAAAGAAGAGUUUGGUAUGGGAUCAGUGAAUUCGAAUGGCGGGAGUUACUUGAAUUUAGGGUUUGAUUACACUCAUGAUUGGGUAAUGGAACCAUUAGAUGGUUUUGGGGGUGUUAAUUUUGGUCUAAAACAAGAAGAUGAUUAUGAGUUUGAUCAGAAUGGUUUAUUUUACAGUGAUUCUUCUGAUUCAAUGGCAAAUUACAAGUUACAGCAGCCUUUGAGUGGACCUUUAGGGAUUGAUUUUAUCACUUCUUCGGAUUUUGUAAGGUCUAACACCAAUCUUGACGGUCUACAUUAGAAACAGUAGGCACACAGUUGAGCUCAUACCGCGAGGAGCGACUUAUGAUUGCGGUUUUUUCAUGCUUAUUAUCUUUUUUGGGGCUACUUCCUGAGGUGGAUUCAGAGGAGCAGACCAAGGUUUUCUUUAGGAUUAGUUGGUUAAAUUUGAUAAUAAGGCUUGGUAAUGAUACUGGAUUGGGAUGUGUAGGUUUUACCUUCUCCAGCGUAGUUGGAGGGACUUUUUUUUCCUACGCAUUUGGUCCUAUUGUAUGAA